AUGACGGAACGAAAAGUAUCUAAAGUAAAGGUUCAAGAAUGUAGCGUGUACAAAUCGUGUUUGACAUGCCUUGGAGCAAAAUCCAUAUUGUGGUUGGUGUUCCCUCGAAAACAAGUCGUCUACGCUCCGAUUGUCAGGAAGCCGCGGAAAUCCUUUGUAUUGGAUUCUUUACCGCAGCGGACGUUGUGCUACUAUUACACAAGUAACACCAAACCAAUUACAACGAACAACUGCAAAACUCUAGACUUAGUUAUCGAAAACCCACCGACUCUUAAUUUGUGUGCGUUUACAGCUUUAGAUCGAACAUAUAACAAAUGCUACUCGAAGCCCUAUGGGGUUAAUUGUACGACGCCACGAACCUUACCACCAAUACCCGCUGCACACCACUUUACAGCAAAAUUAUCCGUGCGCACGACACAGGGACCUGAUUUUGUAGCUUCUAAUUUUACUUUUUUGAUUGUAACAUGUACAGCUCGUGCACGCGGUGCGUCAGUUCCUCGUUUCCUUGUAUGUCUAUUCAAUUCAGAGAUGAUUCUGUUUCCUCCAAUAAUCCAAGUUUAG